GGGCAUCAUAUUAAUUUGACAUAGCUCAGUCCAUUUGUUUUAGUACUUGUUCGUUUCCUUGUCAUAUGAAGCCAGAGUCAAGCGAAUGAAUACGAACAAGUCGAACACGUAAACAAACAGCUGUACACGCGUAACUGUCAGGCAACAUCAGAAUUAACAUAAAAAGGUGAAGACAUAAGAAAACAUCAGAAAAAUGGCUGAAACAGAGAUGGUGAUUAUGGUGACUGGAGGCACGGGAUUGGUAGGACAAGCAAUAAGAGCUGUUGCAGAAGUGGAGAAAGGCCCAAAUGAGCGCUGGAUAUUUCUCAGCUCAAAGGAUGGUGAUCUGAAAAACGCAGCUGAAACCCGUGCUUUGUUUGAGAAAUAUAAGCCAACUCAUGUUAUUCACCUGGCUGCAAUGGUGGGAGGCCUUUACCGAAACAUGAAAUACAACUGCGAUUUCCUUCGAUUGAAUAAUGCAAUCAAUGACAAUGUAUUGGAUUCAUGCAAGGAAUUCAAAGUGAAGAAAGUAGUUUCUUGUCUUUCAACUUGCAUCUUUCCAGACAAAACUACAUACCCUAUUGAUGAAACAAUGGUCCAUAAUGGCCCUCCACAUCACUCUAACUUUGGGUAUAGUCAUGCUAAGAGGAUGAUUGAUAUAAUGAACCAAGUAUAUCAUCUACAGUAUGGCUGUAUGUUCACUUCAGUUAUACCAACAAAUGUCUAUGGACCAUAUGACAACUUCAGCUUGGAGGAUGGCCAUGUGUUGCCAGGACUAAUAAACAAGAUUUUCACGGCCAAGAAAAAUGGGACACCAUUUACUGUAUGGGGAACUGGAAGUCCUCGUCGGCAGUUUAUCUACUCCAGAGAUCUAGCCAAGCUUAUGAUUUGGGUAUUACGCAACUAUAAUGAAGUUAGCCCAAUCAUUCUCUCAGUUGACGAAGAAGCAGAAGUGUCUAUCAAGGAGGCAGCUGAGAUGAUUAUUGAUGCUUUUGAGUUCAAAGGAGAAGUGAUAUAUGACACCUCAAAGUCAGAUGGCCAGUAUAAGAAAACUGCAAGCAAUGCAAAACUCAGGAAAUAUCUCCCAGAUUUCAAGUUCACACCCAUGCAACAAGGCAUCAAGGAGACUGUAAACUGGUUUCUUGAAAAUUAUGAGUCUGCAAGAACAUAAAAUUCUUUGGAUUUUUUUUAUAAAGGUUGACACACAAAAAAAGAAAUACCUGCACGUCUUAUAAAAGAAGAAGUUGGACGAUAAGAGUGCAAACCAUUCCUCUCUUACAGAUUGGUAAAAAAAGAAAAAAAAAAUCAAUAUAGGUUGAGGGUCAUGUAAUGCUUUAGUUUAUAUAAUGAAGGAUUGUGUGUGUGGUGUAUUAUACUCACUUGUUAUCUGAUUCAGAUUUUUCUAUGACAGGAAUAUAUGAUCACUUGAUGUAAUAAAUUAUUGUUAUUGUUUUGGAAUAUAUACAGUCCAUAUUAGCUUCUUUUUUGUGAUUUUCAAUUUUGAUUAUAUAUUUCAUAUCAAGAUAAUUUCCCUGAUUUACAUUGAUUAUUUUUGUGUGAUCAACAUAUUUGAAAUAUUAAGAUUUGUGUUGGUUGAUAAUUCACUUUAUAUGGAUUGUAUUUUGCACUUGCACAUUAUAGCCUUUGUAUCAGAAAAAAAGGAAAUAAUUAAAGAUAUAUAUAAUAUAUGUUAAGAAUGGAUUCCCAACUUCUCAUGAUUUAUGUAAUAAUAGAACAAAUUUUAUGUUAUACCAAGCAACCAGUGAUGAACUAAUAUGAUUCAAAUUGCAUUUUAUGUGUGGAUGAUGGUUAACAAUGAUGUGUUGCCAUCUAAAGAAAUAAGACUGUUUCAAUCUGAUUCAGGAAUAUACUUAUAAACAUCUGAAAACAAA